CAUUUUAUUCCAACUUUACCCAUUACCUACACGUUAGCCUACCCCGGUUACCAUUGGCACUGGCAUUAGCUUGGUAGCUCUUCACAAAGUAUAACAGUAGGGAAAAGGUUUGAGAAUUUGUGGAAUUCUAUUCAAGUCCAAUCGCACUAGCAUGUGCACACGCUUUAUUGAUUUAUAGGCCGCCGGAGCUUUGUGAAGAAUACAGAAAAUGGGGACGGCCACCGCAUUGGCGCCGGGGCUGUCGCGGAAGCUGAAGAAGGUACUGGAAACUCGCACCGACACGCCCGAUCUGCUUGCCUCGCUCAACACUCUAUCCAGUUUCUAUUCUGAAAACACCUCUCAUGCCCGCCGGAACCUCCGAUCCACCAUCGAGAAGCGCGGCAUCUCCAUCAACGAGGAGUUCCUCGCAGCCUCCGCCUCCGCCCAGCAGGCCUUGGACCAGGUUGAGGAAGAGGUCAAUGCCCUGGCUGAAUGUUGUGAUAAGAUUGCAAAAGCUUUAAAUAACUGUAAUGCUACCACUGGUGACAUUAUUAGUACCACAGAGAGGCUUAAACAAGAGCUUGAAAACACCACACAAAGACAAGAAAUAGCAUCAUUCUUUCUUCGUGAUUAUCAGCUUUCAAAUGAUGAGAUAAAUGCCCUUCGUGAGGAAGAGCUGAGUGAAAACUUUUUCAAGGCACUUGCUCAUGUACAUGAAAUUCAUGCCAACUGCAAAUUAUUGCUAAGGACACACCACCAGACUACUCUUGGAUACUGGGAAGGGGUUGCAAAUUCCGAGACCCGAAAGAUGCUCGUAAGGCUGUGGUCCGGCGACCAGGAUCUUGAAAUCAUCAAAACUAAAGUAUUGGUGAGGAAAAUGGGCCACAAGUUGAGGCACGCCAAGUUCUGCCUGUGUGUAGCUGGGUCUCCCAAUGCAAACGCUUGCAUAACGAUGACAAUCAUGAAUGACAAUGCUCUGGAUUGGAAUAAGUUCUUCGUUAUUCUGGAGGAGAUAAUAGAAGGAAAUCUUGGAGGAAAAGGCUGCAGCAUACACUAUGUUGCACAGAAACUGAGAAAGCGAGCUGGUUUAGAGCUUAUGGACAUGAUGGCUGUCUACCAAGAAGGUGCCUAUGAACGCUUAUGCAGGUGGGUCCAAGCUGAGUGUCGAAGACUUGGAGAUUUUGACAACCCCGAAGUUAAUGAGCUCUUAAGAACUGCCGUCCGUUGUCUUAAAGCAAGGCCUGUCCUUUUCAAGUACUGUGCAGAAGAGGUUGCAAACAUGAGACAUAAUGCACUGUUCAGAAGAUUCAUUAGUGCUCUCACACGUGGAGGACCUGGUGGACUGCCUAGGCCAAUUGAGGUUCAUGCUCAUGACCCUUUAAGAUAUGUGGGUGAUAUGCUGGGAUGGCUGCAUCAGGCCUUGGCAUCUGAAAGAGAACUUGUCCUUGCAUUGCUUGAUCCUGAUUUGGUGGCAGAUACUGGACCAAUUGCACAAAGAUUCUCCAAAAUCCCGGAGUCUGAUUCGGGGAAGGCAGAUUCAGACUUAACUUUUGUUCUAGACAGGAUUUUUGAAGGUGUUUGUAGGCCGUUUAAAGUGCGAGUUGAACAAGUUUUGCAGUCACAGCCUAGCCUUAUAAUCUCAUAUAAGCUUACUAUUACCCUGGAGUUUUACAGCCACACUAUUUCAGAUCUUCUGGGAAGGGAAACCGCUCUGUGUAAUACACUUUGGGCUCUCAAGGAUGCUGCCCAAAAAACAUUCUUCGACAUCGUAAAAGCUCGAGGAGAGAAGCUGUUGAGAUACCCACCAUUAGUUGCUGUCGAUCUUUCUCCACCUCCAGCACUGAGGGAAGGAGUCUCUGUGCUGCUUGAAUUAAUUGAAACGUAUGACAGUAUGAUGGUUCCCGUGUCGGGCGAGAAGCCUGCAUUUGAACCCGUCAUUUCUGCUCUGUUGGAUCCUAUUAUUCAGAUGUGUGAGCAAGCAGCAGAGGCACACAAGUCGAAGGGAGCAAUCCAGUCAUCGAGAAGGAGUCGAGUAGGUUCAGACACUGCUCAACUCCGCAGAUCGUCUAUAGACGCCAUUUUGGAUAAUAGCAGCUCUUCAUCUUCAUUUCAGAUUCGCGAGACACCCUCGAGGAUAUUCCUGAUCAACUGCUUAUCCGCCGUCCGGCAACCUUUGCUGGGGCAUGAUGUGGCAUCCGACUAUGCAAAGAAGCUCGGGACAAUGAUCGAAUCCAACGUACGUGGUCUCGUUGAGAAAGAAGCCGACAUGAUCCUACGGAAAUGCGGGCUCUCGAACAAAAUGCCCCACUUUUACGAGUCGUCGAAACCCACCUCUACCCAGCCAUUGGCGGAUAUUGAUGACAUGUCGCCACCUGCUCUCUCAGAGUGCCUCAAAGCUUUCUUCGGCCUUAUUUUGGGGAGCGAGAAUUCAUUGCCCGAGUUUGAGCAGAUGCAGGUGCCGAGCCUCAGGUCAGAGGCCUGCAUCCAGCUGGCAAGGUCCCUUGCGGAUGUGUAUGAAGUGAUUUAUAAGGGGAUAAUGGAUCCGGGUAAUGGGUACCCAGACCCGAGGUCGUUGGCAAGACAUCCUCCUGAUCAGAUUAGGACCAUUUUGGGGAUUUGAGAACUACCCAGCCAAUAUUUUUUUUUUCCUUUUUCCUUUUUCUUCUGAUAUUCACUUCUUUUGUCUUUUUUUUUUUACUAUACGUUCUUCACUUUCGAGAUUUGUAUACAUAAUGAGAUUUUGUGUUUUCCGCUUGUUUUAAUCAUGAUUUGAAUGGAGCAGGGUUUGAACCCGGGAAAAAUUUACAAGUCCUCAAAACGAAAUGGAAAGAAAGGAUUUACAAUGUCACGGGCAAAAGUGGUCUUUUUGACAUUUUUGUCCUAGAUAAAUAAAUUUUAUUGUGGGGCAAAAAGUAUGAAGAACAACAUUUUUUAUUAUUUGCGAUGUAUUAUUGAUGCCGACGAGAGUGCGUUGGCGUUUCCCGAUAUACAUAAUCGACUCCGACCUUUAAUUUGAUUAUUAUUAUAUUUAUUAUCCUUAUGUUGUGUGUUGGACUUCUUUUAUUUGAGUUGUUUUUUUAGUCUAGUUAGUUAGGAUUUGAUAAG